CAUAUGAGGGGGGGAAGAAAGAUGGCGUCACUGUCAGAAAUGUACGAUGUGGGAUGGGAAGAGAUGAGAGACAAGCUACGUAAAUGGAGAGAAGACAACUGCAGAAAUAGUGAGCAAAUAGUGGAUGUUGGUGAGGAGCUCAUCAGUGAACAUGCAUCUAAACUGGGGGAUGACAUCUGGAUUAUUUAUGAGCAGGUGAUGAUCGCCGCACUGGACUGCAGUCGGGAUGACUUGGCUCUGACCUGUCUACAGGAACUGAGGAAGCAGUUUCCAGAUAGCCACAGAGUGAAGCGAUUAACGGGCAUGAGGUUGGAAGCUCUGGAAAGGUACGACGAUGCCAACAAACAUUAUGAUGCUAUUCUCCAAGAGGACCCCACCAACACGGCAGUGAGGAAGCGCAAGAUUUCUAUACUGAGAGCCCAGGGGAAGAGCACUGAAGCCAUAAGGGAACUCAAUGAGUAUCUGGAGCAGUUCGUUGGUGAUCAAGAAGCGUGGCACGAGUUAUCAGAGCUCUACAUUAAUGAACAUGACUAUGGAAAAGCUGCGUUUUGUCUGGAGGAGCUGAUGAUGACCAAUCCUCACAAUCACUUGUACUGCGAGCAGUACGCUGAGGUGAAGUAUACACAAGGGGGGAUGGAAAACCUGGAGCUUGCCAGAAAGUAUUUUGCCCAGGCACUGAGGUUAAACAACCGGAACAUGAGGGCCUUGUUUGGUCUCUAUAUGUCUGCCAGUCACAUUGCUGCCAGUCCUAAAGUCAGCGCCAAGGUGAAGAAGGACAAUAUUAAAUAUGCCGCUUGGGCCGCUGCUCAGAUUAAUAGAGCCUAUAAGCUGGCUGGUCGUGGGAACAAGGACAACAAAUGCUCCAUAAAGGCCGUGGAGGAGAUGCUGGAGUCCAUGCAGAUCACCAUGUCAUAGAUAUCUGGUUUCACACGUUUCCUUUUUCCUCUGUAAAGUCGGAGCAACUCGGCAGCUCAAUAAUAACGGCGAUUUGACCAGAUGUUCAUCCUUAAGUGUUUUCUUUUCUCCCUUUCUUAGAUUUUUUUUUUUUAUGUGAUUAUUUAAUUUUGAACAGACAAUAGCUCUAAAUAAAUUAGAAACUAAAGUAAACCAUGCUGUAGAUGUUUAGCUGUUAAACAGUCCCAGGUUGGGUUGAGCUGCCCCCUCCUCAUCCCAGCUUCUGAGAGGUUUGGACUGUUCUCCAUUAGCGCUACAUCAACUUUAAUAUUGAGGCAGUUUUGGCUGAACAAUAGAUUGUAUUUAUGACAUCGUGAUGAUCCUGUGUUCAGUUUUUGUUUUCAGAAGUAUCUGUAAAUUAAACUAAUAAAAAUGUUUUU